AUGUUUAUGCAGAUCGACGGCCAUGCCUUGCUUUUCAUCUUCGUCCCGGUUCUCCUCUUCACCGAAUCCCUGUCGGUGGAUGUCCAUCUCUUUCGAAAAACCUUCUGGCAGAGCUUUCUGCUCGCAUGCCCCGGGGUGGUGGCCAGCGCGGCUCUCUCUGGUGUGGUGACUUUCUACGUGCUCCCCUACUCAUGGAGCUGGUACCUGGCCAUGGCAUUUGGCUCCAUCGUCGCUGUGACGGAUUCCUUCGGGGUGGUGCAGGUACUGAAGUCAUCGGGUGCUCGGGAAGCUCUGACCGUGCUCAUCACCAGCGAGAGCGCGUUGAAUCAGGGAAUCGCCAUGAUCUUCUUCACCCUCUUCUUCACGCUCUUCAUGGACUGGAUGGAUGUCUCGCUAAGGGACUUUCUCUUCUUCUUCCUGCAGGUGGUUGUCUUGGCUCCCAUCUUGGGUAUGCUCGUCGGUUGGGUCGGCUACGCCUGGAUGUGGUCUGCAUCGGACAGCCACAGCUCCGUCCACCUGGUGGUGCAAACUUGCGUGACGAUGUUCGUGGCAUUCUUCUCCUUCUACAUCUCUGAGAUGGAGUAUGGAAGCAAUGGCAUUCGCACCACCAGCGUUGCUGCGCUCGCCAUGACAAGGUACAUCGGACCGGUCCUGUGCUCACCGGAGAUCAUAAAUAACUUCUGGAGGGUUCUUGCCUUCGUCACCCGCGCCCUGAUCUUCACCAUAGCUGGGAUGAUUAGUCACCGAGCCUCCACGUCGGCAAAUGUGACCUUCGUGGACUGCGGCUACUGCGUAGCGCUCUUUGUUUUGAUGCUUCUGAUCCGCUCUCUUGUGGUCGUGGCAUCUUACCCACUGCUCAGCAGAAUGGGUGUGGGUCUGAAAAGCCGGGAGUACGGCUUCGUGAUCUUGGGAGGAUCACGUGGAGCGAUCAGCUUAGCCUUCGCCAUUUCGGCAAGAUCGGCCUUAAUCCUUGCGGAGGAGGAGGCCAUGGGUGACCAAAUGGUGUUCCUGGUGUCCGGCCUCUCCUUCUUGAGCAUGGUGCUGAACACGGCCGCCACGAAGGUCUUCGUGAAGCUUGCUGGUGUAGAGAGCCAGUACACCUGUGAAAGCAAGCAGGAGUACCUGGAUCAUAUCGCCGACCAUGUCUCGAAGUAUGCGCGAACGCAGUACAAGGACCGUUGGCUCAGAAACCGUGAACCCUGA